AUGACGUCGAGCGCGACAACAUCUACCGUCUCCUCCUUUGCUACUCACAGUCUUGCGACGGCUGCUGCUGCUGAUGCUGCUGCACCGGCAAAGAAGCGCAAUCGCGCCAUUCUCUCGUGUUUGGUGUGCCACGAAAGAAGGGUGAAGUGCGAUCGACAAUUACCAUGCGCACCUUGUAGGAGAUACGGAGCGGUUUGCACCUAUGCUGCCCCACCUUCCACCUCUACCAAGCGCAAAAAGGCAGCAGUGGGACUGUUGCGCGCCAAUGAGAGGGAUGAGGAGCAGGAGCAGGAGGAGGAGGAGCAAGGGGAGGCUCGCACGUCCACCAAGGACAAACCUUUUCGCGGAUUCAUGCAGCAGUUCGAGGAGCAAUUUGCCGCUCAGGAGGAGCAAGAGGAGGAGCGGGAUGAGCGGGAGAAGGAGCGAUCGAUGCUUGCCGCCACUACGCACGACGAGAGCACCGCAUACACGCCGUGCGACGUGGCCAGGAUGCAAGCGUGCUGGAAACGCUUGCCGUCGCAAAAGGUGUGCGAAGAGCUCAUCAGCUUCUACUUGAGCAACGUCGACUACAUGUACGGUGCUGCUGAGGCUGGACGAGACUCGCUGUCCGCUUGGAUGAGGGGCUUGAUGGAUCGCUUUCAACCCGGCACCGCGCAGAUCUGUCCCUUGCUGCUCAAUCACCACGACGCUAGCAGGAUGGCAUUCGUAGCGACAACGAUGCUAGCAGCCGUUCAGAUGCUCGAUCCGCAACGGGCCGUAUUGUGUCUUGUGGAUUUGGACCCCACCUCGAAUCUCUUUGGUGCAGCAGCAGCAGCACCGGACAAGUCGUCCACUCGAGCCUUGUUGGAGAGCACAGCGCUGGCACUGCUCGACUUGGCCAUCGAAGCGGACGAGGCCUCUCCUUUGCAAGUCAGAAUCAAUCUCAUCCUGCUGCACUAUUUCAAAAACGAAGGGAGGAGCGCGACGCCUACGGCCAAGAUGCUCGUCAGGCGCAAUGCUCAAGUCGUCCGAGCUUGCAAACUUCACCUCGACCCGCCCCUCGACUCGCCAGAGCUGGAAAGUCUUCGAAACCUCUUUUACACGUACUACAUUUACGAUCGGUGAGUGGUGCUUGCGCGUGCGCGUGCGCGUGUGUGUGCGCGAUUUGCGUCACUCAACUACGCGCCCUCGCGAUUGCUGCAGGUACAGCUCGGUCAACUUUGGAGCGCUACCUGCGAUUGCGGAUCACGAGAUCACCACGCAGCCACCUGUUCCAGAGCAUUUUUCCAGCGCAACAAAUGUAGGACUGGGCGCAUCUCCCAAGAUUCGUCUUGCCAAGAUUGCAGGCGACAUGGCCAGCGCCAUUCAUCGUGCUGAGCUAGACGAUGCCACGAUCGACCGCUUAGACGCGGAGCUGGUGGAGUGCGCCGACAAUCUGCCCUGCGCUUACGCCCUCAGCUCUACGAACGACGUCGAAGCAUCGCAAAAUGGCGUGAUGCAAGUGCAACGACAUGCACUGUGGAUCAGCUACCAUUCGGCCAGAGCCAUGCUGCACCGCACGCGCUUCUUUAGCCGAAACGCCACGCCCAGUGCGGUGGAGGAAAAGAGUCGAGCGCUGUGCAUCGAGUCGGCCAUCGAGAUGAUCAAGGCGCAACAAUCUGUGCGCAAAGGGACAGGCAUGGCGGUAGAGCUGUACAGCCGAUCUUUUUUGGCUUCCUACCUCACCCUCGAACCUGCCACCACGCUAGUCGUUUCUGCCCUGACGGAAGUUGCCAAGACGCCAGGCGAUGCUGCUCUACCGCACACGGUGGAUGUGUACCUCGCUUGGGCACGACGAGGUCUGUUGUGUUUGGAAACGCUACCAUCGGAUCUAGACUUGGCUUCUCGUAGCGCGCACCUCCUCUCCCGCAUCCUCAAAAAGGCAAGUCGAGUGGUAGAGAUUCGAAGAAGAGUGCAGAGCAGCGGCGGCGGCGGCGGCGGCGCCUCAUCGAAUGGUGGUGCGGCGCACGCUCCAGAAAAGUGCAGAGGCGUGGCUUCGAGGGAGAGGGAUGCUAUUAGCGGCUUGAUGUUUGACGAGGUUGGAAGACGUAUUCCCAUGCCGUUUUUGGAGCCGCCGCCCAGUAGUCGAGCGAGCAGGGCUGCUGA